CUCUUGUCAGCAGCCGACUUUUUGGCCUUUGUUGUCAUUUAUUUCAACUCCAACUUUUGAAUUUGUUUAAAUCUAUAAAAUGUGAAAAGACAACGUGCCUAUGAUGUUGUAAAGCUUCAACCUUUCGGUUGGGCUUUUGUUCUUGUUGUUGCUGUAGUUUUGAUCUUCAUCUCCACCAAACCUCAAUUAUUGUUCCAUCUUCGUUUUUGUCAUUAAUUGUCUCAAUCACUCAUUCCACUCUCCCUUUUCUGGGUUACAUGAUCAGGUUCUGUCGCAUAUAGGGUUUAACAUAGUCGGGGUAGAUUCUCCCACUGUUCCUCAUAAAAAGAACUAGCUGCUUGUGUUCAAGAAUAUUUUCUCCCUUUGGCGUUACUAAGGUCUCUGGCACAUGGCUGCCUCGGGGACUAUGUCUGCGAAUUCACGCAAAGUUCCAUGGGGUCAGGCAUUGGUGUCAGCUAGUCUUGAGUGGUUACUGAUUUUUAUGCUGGUUAUUGAUGCCAUAUACUCAUAUGUAAUCACAAAGUUUGCUCGUUUCUGGGGGUUGCAAACACCAUGCCUCCUGUGCUCCAGGCUUGAUCAUGUCUUUGGCAAUGAAAAACCAGGUUAUUAUCGGGACUUAAUCUGUGGCAGCCAUAAGUCAGAGAUUUCAUCCUUAGUUCUUUGCCGAGCUCACAACAAGCUUGUAGAUGUUAAUGGAAUGUGUGAAAGUUGCCUAUUCUCCUUUGCCACCAUUAAUAGAUCCAAUGCUGAGACGUACAGACUAUUGGUGGGUAAGUUGGGGGAAGGUCCUGAUUCUAAGGCUGAUCAUGAAAUUGAAGACCCAGCACUUGGUGGUCGAUAUGUUUGCUUUUCCAGCACAGCUCAUUGUUCUUGUUGCAGUGAGCAGCAAAUUUCUCAGGGGUAUACUCAUAAGUUGAUUCACACUAAAUUGUGUGGGUCUGAGGCUGAACUUGAGCCCCUAUCUGGUGCUAUCAGACAAAACCAUGAAGAACUGAGAAAGGCACAAGAUAAAUCAUCUAGGUCAGUGAGAGCUACUCAUUUGAGAGAUAGUGGGGUUCACCCUUUAUCUCAUGUUGAAUACACACAGCUGAAGGGUUCUUCUGACACUGAUUCAGAAGUUCAUUUUUCUGAUGUGGAAGAUGCAAGUGCUUCAAUUCACGUAAAGGGAAAAGGUGUUGAACCUCGUACUAGUACUCCACUUCUGAUAGAUCCAGUGUCCAAGACUUUCGUUUCGGCCUCAGAGACGAAAUUAGAUAAUAUGGAGUCCUAUGGUAAUACAUCUGCUCAUGUGAGAGAUAGUAGGCGUCAUGAUUUAUCUCAUGUAGGAUACACAGAGCUUAAGGUUACUUCUGAUACUGAAUCAGAGGUUCAUUUCUCUGAUGAUGAUUAUGCAGGUUCUCUGACUCAUGAAAUGGAUGGUUCCACUGAAGUUUCGUCUGCUCAAACUGUUGAACCUCGUGGUAAUACUCCAGUGCUGACAGAUCCACCAGUUGUGACCAAGCCUUCACUCUUGGUACCACAAGCUCACAUAGAUCACAAAGGGUCCCAAGGUAGUAUAUCUGUAACAUCUCCGGUGUCUAAUGGUGAUUUCAAUGCAUUAUCUGAACCAGUUCUUGAGGUUGCCUCUGUAUCAUCAAAGGCAAUGGAUGCCCCGAUUGAAGCAUCAAAGAGAAGCUUAGAUGCUACUGGUACUCGUGAAAUUGUUCAAGCAGACAUGGUAGAAUCUGGGGAAUUACACAAGGAAGGAGUCUGGCCACUUAAAACAUCUGAAGCAGGUUUAGAUACACACCCAGUUUCAAGCAACACUGAUCAGCAAGUGGUGAAUGUUUUAGAUCUCGGUGAUGCUUAUACGAUCGUUGUUGGUAGUAAAGGAAAACAAUUGUCUGGUGUACUUGCGGAACAAUGGAUUGGAAAGGACUCUUCAAGAGUUACUGAAGAUUUGAAGCUCCUGUUGUCACAGUUGUCUGCCAAUCGUGGGAUUGAGCAAUCGACAAAUGAAACUAUGAGUCCAAAAGUGUCUGUAAUUAGUGGUGAUUCGAAAACUAGUGGGAUGCAUGUACUUCAACGGAGGAUCUCACUUGAAAGAAACGAGUCUGGAUUGUCUGUUGAUGGGAGCACUGUCAGUGAAAUUGAGGGUGAGAGUAUGGUUGAUCGAUUAAAGCGACAGGUUGAGUAUGACAAGAAAAUUCUGAGUUCUUUGUACAAGGAGUUGGAGGAAGAGAGAAACGCUUCUGCAAUUGCUUCAGAUCAAGCAAUGGCCAUGAUUACAAGGCUGCAAGAGGAGAAGGCGGCACUUCAUAUGGAAGCACUCCAGUCCCUAAGAAUGAUGGAAGAACAAGCUGAAUAUGAUAAUGAAGCACUGAGUAAGAUAGAUGACCUUCUUGCUGAGAAGGAGAAAGAAGUCCAAGAUCUAGAAGCAGAACUAGAAUUUUACAGGAUUAAGUUUCCAAAUGAAUCAAUGCUAGAGUGUCUGGGAGAGAUAACUUCUGAUAUGCAGGCAAGGGAUAUUGUGGUUGAUCAUUCAGUAUGUAGCAGCGUUUCAGAGAGUCAUAAAAAUAUGGAUGCUGGAAAGCCUUGCACAGACAGUAAAGGUGAAGGAGUGGGUAUGCUUCUUAGUAAUGAAAAAACUGGUAGCUUGAACAACUCACUCAAGGAUUUUGAAGUAGAGAAGAAACAGAUCUUGCAAUGCUUGGAGAAAUUGGAGAAGGCACUUUCUUUGUUCUCUAGUAAUGGGUUAAGGAUGGAUUCAUCUAAAGGAAAUUGUUCUGAAAAUGAAGGAGAUGGAGCUGGCCAUUCACAGAGUUCUGAACUGGGCUCUCAAGAAAGUGCAAAGAAAGAAGAAAAAGAUAUGUCCAAUCAACAGGAAGUGCCUGCACCGUCAGGACAUAGUUCACCCCACGGGAAUCCCCAGCUCUGUCAAACGACUGAUUUAGCAUCUUUAGGGGUCCUGGCUUCCAAUCUGAAUAAGAGAUUGAAGGCACUUGAGGCAGUCCUAGAAUUUCUUGAACAAGCAAUUAGCUCUCUCAAAUAUGGGGGAGAAGGACUUAAGUUCAUUCAGGAGAUAUCUUCUCAUCUUGAGGAACUACGGAAGAUUGGGAUUAGUAAAAGAUCAGACUUCAGCUCGAGUACAUAAAAUCGUCACAAAUAUGCAUAACAGAAGGCAUACGGGUGGUUAUAAACCAAAGUCAGAAGCAUGCAUCAAAAUGUGUAUCCAAAGUGUACAGCAGCACUAGCCUUUAUUUUCUCUCAACACAAAGAACAUGGUAGGAUUUGACAGUAUACUAGAGUUUUGGUCAUUUUUCUCUCUUCCUAGCGUUUUUAUCUUCUGGGGCUUGACAUAUUUUGGUAAUCUUUUUGGGGGUUUCAUUUAUUUUUCUCAUUUUUGAUUUUUUUGGCAUUUUUGGCUUUGUGGAGUGGAUGAGUGAUUGCAUUGUAUAACAUUAACCGGUAUGAUAAUUGUGUGACAGCUUUGGUGAGCAAUAAGAAGAUCAAUAUCAUUUUGUUCAAUCUGAGAAUGAAUUUAUUUGGUUCAGCUCAGCGUUUGUGUAAAUUUUGACUAAUCAUUCUCUUUGUAAACUUUAGUUUUGGCUUAUCAAGUUAUCAUAGUUUCAUGUGGUACAA